AGUCCUCUAACGUUAAAGGUGAUGCACGCAAGUUUCUGUAUAUGACUUUAUUAAAAGUUACAUUGAUGGAGGUGGUUUGUUCUUUGUAAGUUUAGCAUUCAGAUUUUUUUUUUUUUCGUCAGCACCUUGAUAGAACAGGCUAUGCUUGUGUGGAGACACACCAGGCAGUAAUGCUUUAACACCAGCUUAAGACGGCUAUUGCGCAUUUAGUUACUUGCAAACAGUGUAUAUUGCAAAGAAUGUGGGAUUUCAAUGCCUCUUCGCACGACUUGCUUCCUUAAAUGUACGGCUGUGAAGUCGCAUUUUUGUCAAUAUGUCACAGAGGUGGGCAAUGCAGUUCCACGGGGGGAUUGGAGGAGGUUUGGAAAGCAUCCCAGUAGUCUCCCUGUGUUCAGCCAAUGGAAAGCAGUCCCGCUGAACUUUUCAACUGCGGACGCUUUGAAACGGGACACAGUGGCCGGUAAAAAUGGAUCCUGUUGACCUUUGCCUGCACUGGAAUGGAUUGGGAAAAACAAGUGUGUUACCAUGGUGACCAUCCUUACCAAGACACUGGAAAAGAAGGGUGCUGAUGAUGUAACACGCAGAGCCUCAUACUUUGAAAUGCAUAAUCCAAAGAUGAUGAGUAAAGGGACGACUCUCUUCUCCUGCGGAAUUAUGGAAUGCGACAGUUGGGCAGAGCUCAGUCGGAAGUGUCCCUUCCGGAAGGAGACGGCUGGUGCGAAUCUCGAGUCUCUGUGGGAUGCUCUGCCAGAGCCCUGCAAGGAGAGCCCAGCCGGGGCACGGGAGUCUGGUACAGCCAGUGCCGUCACCAGCCUCAUCCGGGAACUGAGCCUGAGCGACACCAAGAGCAGCCCAGCCGCCGCCCCGCCCAGCAAGCGCCAGUGCCGCUCCCUGUCCUUCUCCGAUGAGAUGAGCUCCUGCCGCUCAGCGUGGCGGCCUGUGGGUUCUCGGGUCUGGACCCCCGUGGAGAAGCGGCGCUGCCACAGUGGUGGGAGCGUGCAGCGUAGCUCCAACGGCUUCACUGGCAGCACCAUGCAGCGUAGCUCCAGUUUCAGCCUGCCUGCCCGCUCCAACACCUUCCCCGGCACCGCCUUCUCCCUCGGCUAUGACCUGCCCUGUUUCGGACAGCGCCUUGUCUGCCAGCCCUGGCCAGGCUUCCAGGCCUUGCCUUCCAGCACCGGCUGUGGCCCAGUCAGAGACUCCACCGAGCUGCACAGGUCCCUCUCGCUCUCCCACGAGCAGAUCUCUGCCUUGGAGUACAAGGCCCCAUCGGCCCAGAGCAGCCCAGACUCUACUCCCGAACUGGGGAGACGCACGGGGCCCGGGGGGCUGUCCAGGAGCCGCUCCCAGCCUUGCGUCCUCAAUGACAAGAAGAUCGGGAUGAAGCGGAGGAGGCCCGAGGAGGCCCAGGAGCAGAGACCGUCCCUCGACCUAGCCAAAAUGACGCAAAAGCUCAGAAAUUUCCAUAGCCUUAGUUGCCCUGGUAUUCCCAGUGAAGACUGCUCCCAAACUAACCAAGUGCCUCCCACUUGCAGAGGCACUAACCAAUAUGAGGCUGACCUCAGACCUGCUGGGGGACCAGAGGCGGGGCCUCAACAGAACACUGAAGAGGAUGGGGCCAACAAGGAGGACCUGUCCAAUGAGGAGCUGCACAGUCCAGACAAGGACAGAGACUCCAAGAAGACAGCAGAGAAUGUGGACGAGUGUGUGAACUGGGAGUCUGAGAGCAGGACAGCGGGGGAUGCUUCUCAGUUGGGAGGAGAACUGGACAUUGACCAGAUUGAAAGAAACUGAAGCAAGGAAAGUGUUGACUGGUACCCUGAAGAGCUUUGUGGGGUUCUUAAAGUUGUAUGAAGCCCUGAAACUAAGGGAGGGGCUGAUGCUGGGCACCACAGCAGAAAGCAGGAACACGUCUCAGUCAGUACAAGGGCUCAUGUACCCUAGUUAAGGAGAUCUUACUUUGAAACAAAGUAGAUGUACAGAGUUCGGGCCAUGGAAUUCGGCAGAGUUGGGAAGUGCAGCAUGGUUGUGUGGAUCUUCAGCACACUAGAGAGAAAUACUGUGAAAGUUUAGUGGGGUGACAUGGCAGGGGAGGGUAGGGGGGGUCAUUAUGUUGUUGUUGUUGUAUGGGUCGAGGGGCUUGGUGAAAAGUUUAAAAGCAUUCCUCUGUUCACACACAAAACUACAGCAGACGAGAAUGUUAAUCAGAGAAUGAUUUUGAUGUUGCAACAACCACCAUCGGCCGCCGCCUUCUUGAAUGUCGGGCUCCGUCUUCAAGCAUGGGGAUAGCCGAGGAGAUUGGCUGGAAGAUAACAGAGGUUGUAAAGUACUACAGGCUGGAUAUCUUAAGCUUUUGCACCAUUUGCACCAUUUUCUUCUGAAAGGAGAUCAAAAACAGUAAGAACUGUUUUAUGUUGAGAAUUGUCAUUUCAGGGCCUCUUUGUGUGCAUCUUACUCGUUUUGUAACUGUUAACUGUUUUUAAUUUUGUUUCAGAAAACAAGUGGUUUGAAUUUUGCAAAAUCAAUUGAUGUCUGAAGUAAACCAGUUUUUUUUUUUAAUAAUGGGCAUGGGGAAUAGUCAACUUUUGCAGCUGUAGGCAUAUACUGCAGUUUGCCAGUAAAAAAAAGGUUAAAUUAAGUUUGCUGAACAUUCAGCUAGGGGGAGGAUAUAAACUGUUUAAUUUUUUUUUUUUUUUUGGUGAAGCCACCAUUUAAAAAAAAUAAAUCAAUAAUAAAUAAAUAAAUAAGUGACUUGCAAUCAUUAAAGCAAUGACAUUAUUUGCAUUUGGAGAUUUGAAUACAAUUUAAAUAAAUAAAUAAAUAAAAACACACUUCUAGAAAUAGUGACAUAAAAAUGUUACUCUUUUGUGCUUUUGUAUAACCAAGGCAGUACACAUUUUAUAAAAUACACAAAACUUUUCAGUUGAAAAUGAAGAGCUCUAUUAAAUAUAGUCAAUAAAAGGUCAAAACAGCUAUUUAUUUAUUUUUCUCCUUUUGGACCCAAGUAUGGGUCAAUUGAGUUGCCAGGAUAUUUAGCGAGAGGGUACCAGAAGGUCACAUGCUGCCCAUCAAAGGGGUGCCUGCCAAUUCCAAGCACAACCAACAGAAGAAAAUAAAGGUCCCUGUAUAUCUAACCAAACUCAUGAAGAAUUAUGUUUUCUGCUGUUAAUUAUUAAUGCCAUGAAAACAAUUGGCUGACCUAACAUAAGACAUGAAACCUCUCCAACAAACAAACCAAAUUACUACUAUGCCUUGUACCCCUUCACUGCUAAAUAAGAACUAAAAUAACUAAAUCUUCCACAGCACCAUAUGGUCUCCAGCGGUUUGCAGAAACCGAUACAAACAAGUGCUAUUCUUAUUUUGAAACUGUAGGGAAUUGUCUCAUUUGUUUGAAGCCUGUUGGGAAGGCAGCAGCAGAGCGUUAUGCAUUGCUCCCCGCAGCUGUUCAUAUUUUGCGAAUGUUUGGGUUAGCCCUGAAACCCUGUGGCAAGACAAGGGGCAUCAUAUUGAGGAACCUCAUUUUACUGCUUUGUGCUGCGAAGAUUUGGGCCUGUUUUGCUGUGCUGUAUAGACUUGUUGCAAUUACAGUCAUUCUUGAGAUGUAUAUCUUAGGAGAGGCCUGAAAUCCCUCCUGAUGAGUUGGCAUUUUAGGGUCAGCUGCUGUUAACUUUAACCCUUUGCUGCCCAGUGUCCAAAAUAUUUAACAUUGAGAAAGUAAGGAUUAAAGACGUAUGGGAACAUACCCAGGGCAGUAAAGGGUUAAAAUCGUAUCUGGGGUUUGAAAAGAGAAAAGGCUUUCAGAUGAGGUAUGUGUUCAGCAGUGUGUGUGUUUUUAGGAAGUCAGUCGGCACACUUUUUACUGUUGAUUUCCUACCACAGUGUUGCUCUUUGUCUCUCACUGAUGUGCACUUCGUUUAACUGCGGUUCACUGCUGUAUGCAGACCAAAAGUAAAAGACCCCCACACACCAGAACCAGGAGAUCAUUAGAGCCCAUAUACAGCCAAACCCUUUUUAAUACCACCUGCAAGGAUCUAUACGUACCAAUCUGAGCUCACGUUGCUUGUUAUUAAUCUGUCUGCUGUACACUGGGUAUGUUUUUACACUACACUACUCUAUCCAGAUGUUAGGAGCCCAUGCGGUUUGCAGCACUGAUAUGUCCUGUCGCCUUCUACUCUGGUGGUCUCUGGGUAAGCAGGGGAAGUCACAGCUGUGAAGUGUGCUUAAAGGGUUAGAUCAGUUUCUAGUGUUUCAUUUCCACGCUGCAGACUGGGCUCAGCAAUGAAAGAUGAAUAGGACAGAUGGAGGCAGUAAGUAGGGGACAGGAGGUGCAAUGAGUGAGUCCUAUUGAAAACUGCAUGUAGAGAGUGGGAGUAGUUUCAUUGUGGAAAAGGGAAUGAGCUUCUUCCUCUAAAAUGAGAACUCCAGCACAUUAGUAACAACCAGGGGCUCUCAGGAGAGGGCUGGCUUAUAGUUUUAUGCUUUCAGAGGGGCUGCAAACUUAAGAAAUAAUUACCAGAAAUAAAACAUCCAAAUUAAGCUUUACUAAGGGGAAAUUGGAGGAUAAAAUCAGCCUCUGGUGUAUGGUCGUUACACAGGGUUCAACUUGUACAGGGAAUGGAAUUUUGAUUGGGCCGAUAGACUUUUAAGAUUAGGUGAGUGUGGAGCUGUGCAAAAGUGAUGUCGUAUUUGUAACUCGAUAAGAAGCUCACCGCUUGUCACAGAAAGAUUAGCAUUUCCCCCUAUCUCCAAGUUCUUAACAGAGCAGCAGACGGGGACCUUGGUGUGGUGAGGCAUGCUGCAGUAAAACCCUGCCUUGUUUUCCAGGAGCGCUGUAACCACCCUCCUCGUUAAAGAAACAAAAUACAUAAGCGCUGAGGGGGGAAACCUCCAUGCUGUGUGAAAAUAAUCCAUGUGCCAUUUUCAGUGCCAAGGUGUGGCAAUGUUGUCAGAAAGCGUACCACUCUAUACAGUGUUUUUUUCCCAAGGACUGUUGAUACAGCUGCCGCCCAAGCGACUCGGUUGGGGAAACAAAUAAGAAAAAAACUUUUUCUGUUUAACGAGUCCUACUUUCUCUGGAAAUAAGAACACAAAUAAAAUAGGGGAAGCAAUAUGAUGUGGACCCAGCAGGUUGAAAACAAAACGUUGUGUGUUGAGCGGUUACACAGGAGUUUCCUGUCAGCUGACCUGGAACUUCCUGUCCACAGCCAUCCUUGAAGCAGGAAGCUCACAGCCACAGGCAAGUGAAGUAUUAAAGAAAAACUGGGAAUGGCAGCUAAAAAGGUGGCAACCGCAGGACCACUCAAAACAAACAGCUGUGUUUCUAGGUGCUGUUGGUACAGUGGAUGAUAGGUGGGAAGCCAAUGCCUCAAGCUGUUCAUACACAUAGGAUUGCCAAAAAUAACAUAGCAGGCAUAUAUAUAAAUUAGGGAGAUUAUUGCUAGUAUGUUUGGGAGUAAGGUUCUAAGACUGCUGUAGUGUCAUGUACAAAACAGCAGGAGUCUUUAAUACUUUCGCUAGCUUUCGUCUUAAACAUUUUAAUAAUGUAAUGCAUUUUUACUCCAAAUAAUAGUAGAUGUUCAGGUUUUGUCAGUCUGUAGUCAGCAUGACAUGUGCGGGUCAAGUUGCUGUUUAGAAUACAGCAUUUACUGGAGAAUAUUUGAAAAUGUGCCAAACUACUGUAUGAUAUUGUCAGGGUUUAUGAAAUGGUUGAUGGUGCUAAGCAAGUUGGUAAAACCUUUUUUGUUGCGCUGACAGAUCCUCAGAAAACAAGGGGUGACAAUUCAGAUGCCACCCCUGGUACUGGAGAUUCAAGAACAAGGUAAUUUCAGUAGCUCAGUGUGCUGAAACAGUGCAGGUAAAGCAAGGGGGUCUGUUGUCUUGUACAGCACUUGCAAAACAUCAGCCCCUGGGAAGAGAGGCAGCUAUAUGGCUUCGAAUGUCCUGAAUGUCUGUCAUAUUACACCACUUUCGGAUCACUGUAGGCUGCAGUUAGCAGACCUACUGUAUAUGACCCCACCUCAGUGUGACAGAUGCAUAUCAAAUACAUUCUAUUCACAGUUCUGCAUUGCCUUGUACCCUGAGGUGCUAGGCUGGUGGCUAUCGUAAUGACAGUAUGUGAAUACUUGUUCCAUUUUGAAGAGUCUUUUUGCUCUGUCAGAGCUAGUGAAAUCUAACACCAAAGGACCAGCCCAGUUGUUUUAAUUUAAAUAUAAAUGAUAAUAUAACAGGACCGGAACUUAAAACAUGCUGAGGUUACCACUGAUUUAAAAAAAUAUAUAUUGGCAAUGAUUAUUAUUGUAUCUAAAAAAUGUUGACGUGGGAUGUGCUUCCCACAGGAUCUGAGGCCUGUCUCUUAUGCGUACUGGAUAGCAAUCUAGACUGAAAUUUUAUAGCAAGGGCCAGGUUGGAAUAAAAACUGGACUGGAAUGGCUCACUGGAGGAGACAUUGAGCAGCUCUGGAGUGAAAUUGAAGCAGUAUUUGUGUGUGGUGAGAAAGUGAAGCAUCAUGGGAUACUUGGCAUUCCAUAAGAAAAACGUGACCUCCUCUGAACAGUGUAACUUCUUUCAGCACGGAGCCCCAUACAUUACACACCCUGCUGUAUCCACCUUAUGGGCUACUGCUGCCAACUGAGACUGGAGAUUGCCAUGGAAUCCAGCAUGGGGAGAGAUGGGGGUAGCAUGUGUAGGGUCAGUAGCAGCAAUAGCAUAACGAACACUGCUGUAUAACCAGUUUGCCUUGUUAGAAAUAUAAUAUACCACCAUAUAACCGGUAACAUCAGAAACUGCAGCCUAACAGCUUGGUCGUGUGCAGCAUUCUGCAGCAAUUCAUCAAGUAAGAAAAACAAGCAGCAGCCUUAAACUAUUAUUCCAGUUGAUAUCUUCUUGUAGCUUCAAACUUGUGGGCAUCUGUAUAUGUCUGAUUUCUCUGUAACCUAAGAUAGCACAAAGGUUGGAAUUAAGUCACAACUGUAGUUCUGCUAAAGCAAAGGUUGACAAUCUUGGCUCAUCCAGCCUAUGACAUUGCCGGACAUAGUUCCAAGCAGUUCCUUAAUUGUUUAAUUGUAUCUUAAUGAAUAAUCAAGUAAAUAAUUAAUGGGCCUGGUCAAGUCAUGCAAUGGAAUGGUUUAUAAGAGCCAUGGCUGCCUACCAUUGUGCUAUAAAAUUUAAUUAGAUCAGAAGUAAUUGAAUUUACUAGGCUUGCGAAAUAAAAUUAAAAUAAAAAAAGAUCAGAACCUGCGAAGCCUCCAAGCUACUUUAAAAAUCCCUUGAGAUAUGCAGUACCUCCUGAAUUCUAUAUAGCAGGUAAGGCGAGACCUGGGAGUGGGCACACCUAACUGAAGCGCUAAUAGUGGCCUUUGAAGCUGCAGAUGAGAUUCCACCUUUCUUCAGGACAUCAUCCUUGUGUUUCCAUCGAAAGCACACAGCACUAAUGCAGCAGAUCAUGUCUGCAUCUUGGAGUGGCAAAACCUCUACCUGUUUAAAUAUAAGCCAUGUCAGCAGGUGUGCCGUGGGGUGAUGUCUCAUCACAGGGACAGUGCAGCCAUGCCUUCCAUAGAGUUGUACUGUGGGCGGGGAUGGGGGAGAAGUGUGAGAACUAGUUGAGGAUUAUAGCACAGCCUUGAUGCAGUUUGGGGAAUUCAUUUUUUGCCAAGUCACUGAGUUAAAGAGGUCGUUUAUGUGCAGAACUGUGAAACACAUUAAACAGCUCUUCAGAAACAAACCCAGCUAACCCUUAGUCAUGAAAAUGUAAUGUGUCAGAAAGAGCACUCUGGAAAGCACUAGACUAUAGUAUUAAAUGUCACGUUCAAGGCUGAAAUUCAUCCAUAAAAUGAUAAGUUUUGAAUAGAACAUUAAAACGAUUGGGACAAGUUGCGUAACAGAUGGGAUUGAAAAACCCUGAGUAGCUUCAUUGAAUAGAUAAUGAUGUAUAAUAUUCUAAAGUUGCCUCCACACUUUCCUUUCCAAGCACCUUGAAAGAACCACCUCAGUCUCUGUAUUCAUUUAAAUAAAUUCAUUUAAAUGAACAUCGGUUAUGUUCGUAAUAAAUCACAAAUACUCUUCUGGGGGGCUUAGACUAAGAAUGCAUUUAAAUGCUGGAAAAGGCAAACUGCUGUAUCCUUUACAAAACAGAUCAGAACAGCAGUAAUGUUACAACUGUGCUGUACAUUCCCGUAAUACACCACCUAGGCAGUACUGCUGCAUUGUUUAAAUGUCCAAUGUACUGCAUUGUAAUUCAGUGUAGUACAGUGUUACAGCAAUAUUUGUGAAGGUACGAGUAAAACAUGCAUGCUUCAUAAGUCUUCAUGAAGCCUGUAUGAAUGGAUAUCAGGUUACCAGGCUCUUCUAUAUACAUUUAGAUUACUACCCAAACAUGUCUGCAUAAUUGUUUCUGCACUCUUCAUGUAACAUGCAAGUUAUGAACAAGGUUGUCGGUUUAAUCAUGGUUAACAGCUUCUGAAAAAUAACUGCUGGAGGGAGAUAGCAGCAGGAUUAAUAAAGGCAGUCUGUAUUUACUGUACAUCCAUUGCUCUUUAGAUUAUUAAAUUGACGCCUACAUAUCCUUGUUCAUAAACGUUAUACAUUUUCUGCAUCUCAAAACACCCUGCCAAAUUUAUAUUUAUUGGUCCCUGUGUGUGCUAGGUUUGUACAUUUAUGUGCUGGAAAACAUGGGUAACCAGAGAACAAUGAAAAGGGUUUUAUUAAAUUCUUAAAUAUGGUAUAAUAAUAGCUGGGCAUUAAUGCAAGCACCUUUCUUGUCAUAGCCACCCAGAUCCCAUACUACUUCUUCAGCGCAAUGCAUUUUACAGGCCAGAUACGUGGGGUUUGCAGCGUAUACGUGUAGUAUUCAUGUAGUUCAGUUCUUUGCCUUUUUGUUUUUUUAACACGUGUGUCAUAAACUGGCAAUUGCAAAUGACGUGACAUUUAUUACAGCAUUCAAAGUCUUGUGAAAGGUGGCAUAAAGCAGCAUUGGAGGAGGGGCCAUUCCACCAGCGACAGCAGAAUAGAAAUAGCAUGGUCUUGUAACUACAGUAUGGCUUUUGACUAUAGACUGAUACUGUAAAGGAGUAACACUGUAUGAGUGCUAUGAUGCAGCAGGUUUGCUUGAGCUAAUAGCCUUUUCCUGCUCUUCGCCUUACAGUUAUAACUCCUGUAGCCCUAUCGAAACAGCCAAAGCAGAAGGCACACUAUAAUUUUGUCGAGCUCAAACAGCCGUUCUAUUCCUGGGAAGGGUGAGGGUUCAAGUGGAAGUUCAUUGUCGGAGUGAUUUAUUAUUUCAUUGUGGGUAUGGGCUAUGUCAGUCCACACAUGGAUCAGAUGAAUUGAAUACAAAACUGUACAGUACCGUACGUACUUCUGCUACGUGUUAGCGGCUUGACUUCAGAGUGCAAACCCUGCAAAACUAAGACUUUGAGUUAGCAGCUUGACUUCAGUAAAUUGCAGUCAGUAGCAGGAGUUUGUUUGAGCAUACAAUGCAGAGUACAAAACCAUUAAAACAAAGACUUUGAGUUAGCAGCUUGACUAACUUUCAGGAAAUGAAUUAGCUCAUUGCAGUCAGUAGCAGGAGUUUGUUUGAGCGUACAGUGCAGUAUGCUGCAGUACAAACCCAGCAAAAUAAAGACUUUUGAUUACUUUAAGCUGAAUAUUUUAAAGCCCAGCCCCUAAUUCAGUGUCAAUGACCCUUUGCACAAGCAGCGGUAUGGUCUCUCAGGAAUUUGCUUGUUACUUUUUUUUUUUCAAUUUAGUAGUGUCUGAUUUAUUAUUAUUUAUUUUUUUUAGCUCAGCUCACCGCUACCACCCCUGCGCUGACUCAGGAGGGCAAAGACAAACACACACUGUCCUCCGAAGUGUGUGCCGUUAGCCGCCCGCUUUUUUUACACAUUUCAGACUCACCAUGCAGCCACCCAGAACUACAGCGUCGGAGGACAACACAGUCCUGGGCAGCUUACAGGCAAGCCCGCAGGUGCCCGGCCAGACCACAGGGGUUGCUGGUGCAUGGUGAGCUGAGGAGCUCCCUGGGAUCUCCGGUCCUCGGUUGGCAAAGGAAUAGCCUGGACUCGAACCGGCGAUGUCCAGACUAUAGGACGCAUCCUGUACUUUACGCAAGUGCUUUUAUUGGAUGUGCCACUCGGGAGCCCCAUGUGUGUUACUUUUAAUAUGUAAAUAAACGUUCUGUUUUUGUA